UAUUCCGAUAUGUUUAUGUUUUGAUUGAGUUUGGUUCGAAUCUGAGUACACGUGCUGCUUAAAUGGAUUUUGCUCGUAAAAUCCUUGAAAAAUAUGGCUGGAAGGACGGUGACGGCCUUGGAAAAACAAACAGCGGUAUAUCGAAAGCUUUGCGAGCCAAUCUGAAAUUCGAUAAAUCUGGUUUUGGAGUUGAUCUUGCUGCCACGGAUUUUAAUAAUCAUUGGUGGGAAAGGGUCUUCAAUGAUGCUGCCAACAAUGUCGACAUCAAACAAGACGGGGAAUCAAUUACAGUGGAUUUGAAAAACGAGGCAGAUGGAGUAGAAAUAACCACAAAGGGCUAUUCUGUUAAAAAGCUAAAAAAAGCAAAGGGAAAUUCUGAAUCGUACAAUAAUUUCAUACAGUCCGCCACUCUGACAAGUCGUGGUGCAGAAAUCGAAAAAGACAAUCGCCCAGAAGCCAGUGAAAUUGAAAUUCCCAUGGUAAACGUUUUAACGGAUGAGGAAUUGUUUAAAGCUUGUGGUGGUAGAACUGCCCAUAAAGGCGCCAGACAUGGUCUGAAAUUAAGUGGGAAAUUGGCAAGAAUAGAACAACAGGAAAAAGAGCUUUUAGCUAAAAUGAUGGCGGCCAAAAGCAGCAAGGUUGAGGAAGGAUUUUCAACAGAUGACAAGAAGAAUAAAACACCUAAAUUGGAGGUAACAAAUGCUACAGAUGAUGAAUUGCCAGAGAAACAAGAAAAGAAAAAGAAGAAACGUAAACAGAAAAAUGAAAAAGAAAGUAUGGAUUUUGGCACGAUAACAGAAGAUACUCCACCCAAGCCCAAAAAGAAGAAAAAACAUAAAUUAGAAAACCCGGGAGAAGAUAUUGAAAAUAUCAGUGUAUCUGCGGAACCUGAAGUUAUCUCUUCAGAGAAUCCCAAAAAGAGAAAGAAGCAUAAGGAAGGCAGCGAUGAAAAUCCUACAGAAAUUGAAGUGAAACACAAAAAGAAGAAGAAACACAAGGAAGUUGAUGCCAUCGAAGAUACGGGCACUCUGGAAUUACAGGCAGAUAAUAUGUAUAAAGCUGAAGAACAAGAAGAUACUGAGAUCUCUGCCGAAAAACUUGUUUCUAAAAAGAAAAAAAGUAAAAAGAAGUCGAAAAUAUGUGAAGAAUAGUAAAUAAAUUAAAAAUAAAUCGUAGAAAA